AUGGGCUCGAUGAUGGAGAGCAGUGAGGGCUGGACACGAGAGGAUGAGCUUGAUCUGGGCGCAGAGAACCAAACAGAGAACCUUCCGCAACCCGAUCAUGAUGCUCUCGACCAUCCCAAGCCCUCCGCCGAGGCUGCCGACGCCGAACGGGACACGCUAGACGACGACGCGCUCGACCAAGCUUCGGAGAAGACGGUGGAACCAGAUGCUCAUCAGAGAGGACCGCGGAAAACACAGUAUGGUGAACUGAACGCGGCGGUGGGCAGUGUGGAUGAGACGGCUUCCACCCCCGACGACACCCCGUCCUUACAUGACUCUCUUCCAUCCUCCCAAAGCAGCAGUGCUCUGGCACUCCGAGGCUCUCCACGAGUCAGCCCAAGCCCGGCCCAUCGUCCCUUCGACCUUCGCUUUCAGUCCCGCUUAUCCUCAUUGCCAUUGAGUGCGCCGGGAUCACCGUUCCUCGCCCACCUCCACUCCCGACACUCCUCCAUCGCAAGCCAGAUCUCUCAGACCCCCGAAACCGACAACGAACCAGUCCAGGGGCCUUGGGAUGUCGUGCGAUGGACAAAGCUACGGAAAAUCACCGGACAGGCAUUCUCGGAAAUCGGAAAGCGCAAUUUUGGACGACCCACCUGCUUAGCGAUCUCUACAACCAUAGUGAUAGGAACGUCUAAAGGCAUUAUCCUUGUCUUUGACUAUCAGCAGAGUUUGAAGGCGAUCAUUGGGAACGGCACAAAAGCUGUUGAAUGCGGCGCAAUUACUUCCUUGGCUCUUUCUGCGGACCAUUCGACUGUCGCCGGAGGACAUGACACGGGAGAUAUCUUUACGUGGGAGAUCUCGCGGCCCGCGCGUCCCUUCCUUCACAUCCCUCCAAUCCCGGCGGACCAGGUCGAGAACCGCACUUCCGACGGCCAUCUGUCGAACGUAUCGGUCAUUCAUGUUGGGUUUCUCGGAACGAGGCGCACUGCAAUUGUGUCGGCCGACAAACGGGGAAUGGCAUUUUCACACCUGGCUACGCGGGGCAUGGGAGCAGUAGCACGGACGGUGAAGACGACUCGGAUUCUGGGCCGAUAUCCCUCGAUUGGCCCUGAGGAAAGCCGCCGGCGGAAACCCAGCUCGGUUCUUGCUUUUUCGCCUCUCCCUCUCGGCAAUGUGGAACAGCACACCGAUUCAUUGGGUCUUGUUGCUCUGCUGACGCCGUAUCUCCUGGUCAUCGUGUCCACCACCCCGGUCGCUCAAACGCAGCACAAAGCGUCGCGCCCAAAGGAGGUUGCCGCCCAUAGUGCCAUGACCGGGGCCCUGGCAUGGUUCCCGGCAAUACGACUGAAGGGCAAAGAUAGCCAAACAUCAAAUACGAAGCUUGUCUACUGCUGGUCAAACGUGUUGACCGUUUUGGAAGUGACUGAAGCCGAAACGGAUGAACCCGUGGACAAAGAUCGCCCUCCGAGCCUGGCCUUCAGAGCGCGGAGCAGAUGGAAGGCGGAUGAAGCCAUCGUGGCCGUCCAAUGGUUAAGCCGUUCCGUCCUCGCGAUCUUCACUAUCACGCAGCGACUCUUGAUUCUUGAGGAUUAUUCUAUGCAUGUCACAGACUCGAUUGACCUAGCCUACCGACAUGUGUAUCACACCGACUUCUUUUCAUCGCAGCUGCACAACCUGGUCGAGCAGCUCGAUGAGGAAGACACAUCGAUGCAUGGCGUGGUUGCGGACGCAUUUUAUAUGAGCUUUCGUGCCUAUAAAGGGCGCCUGUUCCUGCUCGGUUACAACGAAGCACUUGUCGGCAGUCUGUCAAACUGGGCUGACCGGCUGCUUGCGCUCAUGGAAGCGGGCGAUUUCAUUGAAGCGAUUCGAUUGGCGACUCUCUAUUACACAGGCGAGGGCGAGAAGCUCACUGUGGGUCUCCCCGAGGAGGAUGGUUUGCGACAGCCACUUGUCCAGGAGAAGCUCCUGGAGAUGAUCUCGGCGUCCCUCAAGUACGCCUUUGGUCGAAAUACUGAAGCAGACAAUGGACGACUUGAAAAUCAGGAACUCGAGGAACUUGCGGAAGUAUCGAUCGCCGCUUGUAUCCACAUGGACGACAUUGACUUUCUUUGGGAGGAAGUUUUUAACUGGUAUGAGGAACAAGGAUCCCCGGGGAUCUUCUUGGAUGCCCUCGAGCCCCGAAUUACCGAUGGAACCAUUCGAUCGCUGCCUCCGACUGCCGUCAAGGCCCUGAUCAACCACUUCAUCACGACACAUUCAGCUGGCCGUUUAGAGGAGAUUAUAUGCCUCCUCGACACGACAACCAUGGACAUCGACCAGGUCACCACGCUCUGCAAACAGUAUAAUCUAUACGAUGCCUAUAUAUACGUCUGGAACCGCUGUCUGAUGGACUAUGUUGGGCCUCUGGAGGAGUUGAUCCAGUUUAUCCCGCCUCCAACCGAACCUCUCAUCAAUGGGGAUUAUACCGCCGAAGUGAAAAGGCACACGAACGCGAUGAAGAUGUUCCCUUACCUAUCCUUCAUCCUUACAGGUCGCGUUUAUCCAACAGGAGAUGCGAUGGAUGACGCCGAGGCAUCCCGGGCCAAAACGGCAUCGUACCAGUACCUAUUCUCAGGUCGCCUGUCUGGCGCUGGUCAUGCCCCCGAGGGCGCAGAGUCGUUUUCUCAACUUCGGACGAUGCUCAAGUACGAUCCGUCCAGUUUCAUGAGUAUGCUCAACGAAGCCUUUGAGGACAGCUUCCUGAACGAGUCCGACUCCGAGGACGUUCCUUCUUCAGGUGUGUCGAUCAACCGACAAUACCUCAUCAGCAUUUUGCUUCAAGUUAUGAAUACGGAGUUCUUCACUUCUUCUGAUACCAUCUACUUGGACAUGUUUGUUGCGCGCAAUCUUCCCAAAUACCCCCAGUAUAUUCUUCUUUCGGGCACAACCCUUCAUCAAGUGCUUGAGCGACUAUGCCACUAUCCAGAUCCGGACAUGGUCGAUGACUGUGAAUUGAGCGCAGAAUACUUGUUGUCAUUCUACCACCCGCCAGACAUUCAGAGCAUGAUCCCGCUUUUUAAAGAGGCACGUUUCUUCCGAAUCUUGAAGUCGACCUACCGUUCCGAAAAGCAGUACCCUCAGUGGAUCUUGACAUACCUUGAAGACCCGCAUGACCGGGAGGCUAUCUUUACAAGUUUACAAGAUUGUCUUCGCGCGGGUUCGGGACUGGGUAAAAAACAGAGACGGGAUGUGGUGGACACGGUGAAGAGCCAUGCCAAGGAAGUGGCUGCCAUCGACGUCAAGCGAACCGCUCAGACCAUGCAAGAUCUGGCUCCCGACACACACGAGACAUUCCUCCACGUACUGGAAGAAGACACCUACCAGCAAUAUCAGUAUCUACUGGUCCUUGUCGAGCCGCAGGCCCAAACCAACGUGGAAGGUCGGACCUCGUCCCCAGUCGAAAACUGGAUGGUCGAACGCUAUGUGCAGCUGCUAUGCAAGUACAACCCGGCCCACGUCGCGGACUUCGUCGAUGGCCUGCGGGUCGGCGACAUCCACCUUGAAGAACUGCUACCGGCUAUCGAGGAGAGCGGGGCUAUUGACGCCGCGGUUAUCCUUCUUGCACGACAGGGUCAAGUCCGAGUGGCGUUGGACCGUCUCAUUGCCCAUUUGGGCACACUUGAAUCCGGGUUGGUGGGAAUUCUCCAGAGCCUCGGUGACAGCCCCGACUCUACCAGUACCGCCGAGGCGAUUGAUGACCUCAUUGAGUCUCUCAACAAGUAUGCUGGAGUCGGAACCUGGCUCUGCCAGGGCCAGACAAAGACCACCAAAAAUUCGCGGGCAGGUGGGACGAACGGAAAACGCGGGGUGGCAGAUCAGGGUCUGGCGUUCGACGAGAGCCUUUGGCUUGAUCUCAUCGGAGCAGUGGUUCGCAUCGCCAGCAAUGUAUUCGGACUCUUGCGGGAUCACACUGCCCACGUUACCGAGUCUCUCGGAGGGGACACCGGCCGGUUGACAACCUCCUUCCGCAUGCUGGUACAGCAGGUCUUCACAGCCCUGCUCUCCAGCACCGUCAAAGGCGGUGGUCCCUCGACGCCCGAGCGGACCGAUCUGUCCUUUCUUCGGAUCUUGCGUGCGUUUCUCACUCAGGCUGCGAGCUGGUCGCCGUCGCUACUGGAGCUGCGCGCCGUGCUGGCCUCCAUCUUCUCUGCGUACUCCUACGAGUCGUCCCUGCUGACUCUAGCCAACGGCAUGCUGGACCGGGACCUCUUCGUGCAUGUGGACGAGGUCACCCGUCUGCGGCAGCAAGGCUGGCGACCUCGCGGCCAGGUCUGCGAAGUCUGCCAUCAGCGCAUCUGGGGGCCCAGCGUCGGGUCUGCACACUGGUCGGCGUGGGAAAAGAAACAGGCCGACGAGAGGAAACGUCGCAUCGCUAAGCGACUCGAGGACGGAUACGAUCCUGCCUUGGAGCGGGGGAAAGGAAAAGCGGCCGCCUCUGUCGUAGCUUCUGAGCAGCCGUUGCAUUCGAUCGAGGAUGCAAACUCACCGUCGGCCGUUGACGGCACGGAGCACGGCACUUUGGACAAAGAGAGCGCGGGGUCCGGGGUAGUUCUGCAGCCCGCCGUCGUAUUCUCUUGUCGGCACCUCUACCAUCGCCAUUGUGUGCUGGAGGCCGUCCGUAGUUUGUCCGCGGGGCGGGACCGGCAGCCACAUGCGUUUCGUCGUGAGCAUACCUCGUCCGACUGGUCGGGAGUCGAGUUGUUUUGCCCUGCAUGUACAUAG